AUGGGUGAAAGGAAGAGAGAGGAAAAGGGGAGUGAGAAGGAAGGAGACAGGGAGAUUGGAAGAAAGGAGGCAGUGGAAAAGGGAGAAGAGGAUACAAAGGAGGAGACGGGGGAGGAUAAGGAAGAGAAGGAAAAAGAGGAACUGCAGGUGAGAGGGGAGAGAAGGGGAGGACAAAGUAAGGCGGAGGAGAGAAGAGGAGAGUGGUGGGAGCUAGUGAAGAGGGAAGAGGUCGAGAAGCAGGGGGGAAAAGAUGACAAGGAAAAGGGAGCUAGGAAGAAAAAAGAAGAGGAAAGGGAGACGGAGGAAAAGGUAAAGUGGGGUGAAGGAAAGGAGAUAGGAGGAAAAAAGGAGGGAGAAGGGAAAGUCAGCGGAAAAGAAGAAAGCAGAGAGAGGAGAAGAAGAGAGUUACAGGGAGGAAAGAAAGAGGAGGACGGAGGAGGAAGAAGACAGGAAAGGCGAGGAAGAAGUAAAGGGGAGAAGAGGAGAGGAGGUGUGGGAAAGAAAGGUAGGAAUAGUAAGGUCAUAAGAGGUGAUGAUGGUAAGAUGAUUGUGAUGGUGGAAAUGGAAAAGGAGGAGGACAAAAGGGAACUGCUGGAGAACGGAAGGAUGAUGUGGAGAAAAUGGGAGGUAGGAGUAGAUGAGGACUUGACGAGGGAGGAAAGGAGGAUAAGAUGGGUGAUGAUGGAUAGGGCGAGAAAGGAGAGGGCAAGAGGGAGGGACGCGAUGGUGUAUGGAAAGAGAAUGUGGAUAAAUGGGGAGGAAUGGAUAUGGAAUGAUGAGGAACAAAGAUUAGAGAGAAGGGGGAGUAAAGAGAGAGGAACAGGACGGAGAAGAGAGACCAGGAGCAGAGAAGAAGGCAGAGAAAACAAGGAAGGAAAGGAACAGGAAAAGGAGAAACGGAAGUUAAGAGGGAUAAAGGAGGAGGAGACAGCUGAGAAAAACUAA